AGUCGUUGUCUGGCGCUCCUCUUUCAAAUAGCUGCAAGGAAGAGAAGAAGUUGAGACUGUCAGAAGUGAUGUUAAUAGCGUGCUUUGAUGUUGGUAUCUUAAUACUCACGCGUUCUGAAGUAAUUAACUAACGAUGUGCAUUUUAAACUGGCAAACAGGCAUACUGUCUGUUUUUCGAAAUGCGUAGGAGAAAGAUUUAAAAGCUAGCUAGCUACCCAUCUCCUACACUGAACAAAAUGCCUCUUAUUCCUGCAAAUCAACCUCAGCUUAUUCGCUCGAGUCAAAAAGAUGAGUAUUACCAGAACUGUCUCCGCAAUAACACCAACGAAGCCUUCCAGACUUUUGCAGGAUCCAAAAGAUGGCUCGAAUGGAGAAAAGAGAUUGAGUUACUUGCAGAUCUUGCAUACUAUAGUUUAACAACAUAUGCGGGAUACCAGACUCUGGGCGAGGAGUAUGUUAGCAUGGUCCAAGUGGACCCCUCGAAACGUAGGGUACCCUCCCAUAGUCGGCGAGCUGCUCUGGUCUUCCUCCACACCUUUCUGCCCUACUGCCUGGACAAACUUUUGGUAUACCUGGAAAAUGACCUCCAGGCUGAGGAUCUGGACUCGCACGCAAGCCCGGGUGAGGCUGGCCAUCGGUGGAGCCCAGCUUCAUGUGUGCGGGCCCAGAUCCGGCGGCUGGUGAGACUGCUGACGGAGCCCCAGAGGAAGGCCCUGCUGCCGAUGCUCCUCGUGUUCCAGCAGGCCGUCACCCUGCUGCACAGGUUCCAUGUGGCCGUCUUCUACCUCAGCGGGACCUUCUACCACCUCAGCAAGAGGGCAACGGGUAUUACUUAUCUGCGUGUUCUGGACAUGUCCGGCGAUGACCGGCUGAUCCGCAGCAGCUACAGAGCGCUGGGCGUGGUGUCCCUGCUGCAGCUUGCCCUCACUCUACUGCUGCAGUUCAACAACUUGAGGCAGAGACAGAGAGCCAGACAGGAGUGGAAACUGCACCGAAAUCUACCUUCCAGUGCCCAGCCAGUGGAAGCCUCUGGUUCCCGGGCCUCUCGCUGUAUUCUGUGUCUGGAGGAGCGGCGACACUCUACCAGUACUCCCUGUGGGCACCUCUUCUGCUGGGAGUGCAUCACCGAGUGGUGCAACACCAAGGCGGAAUGUCCAUUAUGUCGUGAGAAAUUCCUGCCGCACAGACUGGUGUAUCUGCGGAAUUAUAGAUAGAGGAUCUGCAUGACAUUGCAUGACGUUGAUUUUGAUCAUUCGAUAAUUGCUAUCAUUUACCCCCGUGGACAUUUAAUAAUGAAUCAAGUGUGAUUUUGUUUUGUGUUCGAUUUCUAAUUGAGUAUAACUUAAAAAAAAAACAUUGAAUGUAUUUCUAAAUACUGGAUUGUAUCAGUCCGCAUAAAUGUAAUUUGUGUAAUUUUGUUUUAUAUCAGCAGCCUUAAUAUAAUGGAAGUUACCCAGAUUAAUAAACUCCCCCCAUGAGA